AUGAGGAUACGAGCUGCUCAACCCCUGAGAGCUCUCAGAUCUGUCCCUCGGCACUCGGCGAUUGAGCAGGCCAUAGCGGUCACUCAUAAACAUGACCAGCCACUAGAUCCGUCACCUUCAUCCUCACCCUCACCACCUUCACCUUCAUCGAAUCCCAACAAGCGCGCCCUCGAAGAACUCACACCAUCUGACCUUUGCUACUACUGGGACACAAAACCUCCUACCCCCUCUCAACUCGCAUUUGCAAACAAGAUUUUUAUACCAUCGCGACAUUCGCCGACGAAGCUAUGGUCUGCCAGCAAGUUCCGUACCACGCCGCUUUCCUCCACCGAGCCCGAAGUUGCAUUCCUCGGCCGCUCCAAUGUCGGCAAAAGCUCUCUGUUGAAUGCGAUCAUGGGUCAGGAAAUAUGCUGGACAUCUUCAAAACCUGGCCGCACACGUGAGAUGAACGCCUUUGGAAUUGGCGGUACCAAAGGAGGUGAACACAAAGUGGUCUUGCUGGACAUGCCAGGAUAUGGCAAGGCAAGUCGCGCGGAAUGGGGCAUGGAAAUCAUGAAAUAUCUUCAGGGCCGAAAACAACUCCGUCGAGCUUUUAUACUUAUUGACAGCGAGCAUGGUAUCAAGCAAAAUGACGCAGACAUACUAGGUCUUUUCAGGCGAUACGCGAUCCCACAUCAAAUUGUCCUUUCUAAGGUGGACAAAAUUCUUGCAAAGGGCAAAAAGCAAAUGAAGACGGGCGCCUCUACAGUAGGUAUCCAGCGACUUCAGGAUGCCCUUCGGAAGUUACAAACACAGGUGCAGCCAGAUCCGAGCGAGUCAGACGGACCAGGUGCAUUGGGAGAGAUUUUGACGUGUAGUGCAGACACACCAGUUGGGCCGGGCCGAGUCCUCGGCGUUGACGCCGUCCGUUGGGCUAUUUUGUCAGCAGCUGGCAUUGAUGGGAGCUUGGAGGGUGCGAUGCCUACCAGGUCGGAUCAUCAACAAUGA